AUGUCGGUGAAGGUGCCUUAUGGGUCUGUGGAGUACCAGUCACACCACCAUUGCCAGUGCGACUUUUGUGACAGCCGCCGCAAGGUCGGCGCAAAGAAGUUUGCUCUGAGCAGCGCCAUCGCGAAGCAGAAGGCGCAACAAAAUCAACACAACUGCUGCUGCCCCGGCCACGAUGCGUCGGCGAAGCAGCCCCUUUCUGGGAAUGGGGCUCCGUCGUUUGAACUCGACGACCCCGAGCACCAUGUAAAUCAAACUGAACUCAACGCCAAAAUGGGCCGCACCGGCCUUCCGGAUGGCAACCAAUACACAACCGCAGUGGGUGGCACGCGUGGACUCCGUGGCGCAGGUGAAAGUGGGACUGCCAAAGCAAAGACAAGGGAGGAACUGGAAGAGGAAAAAAUGGAGGAACUUGACCGUCUUGAGCGACUUCUCAUUCUCGAACACAAGGCGCGAGCGAAAGCGACAGCAGACGCGGAGAUUCUCUCUUUGCGGCAGUCAACAGGCAGGGGCCCAUGCCCGAAGCCGCUUGAGGCAGUUCCUCCUCUACCGGUGGAGGAUGGAAUGGACCAAACAAUGCAGGGAACUGGCGCAUACCAGGCAGGUACCGCCCGUGAAACGCACGAAAAUGCCCAUGAGUCCUUUGUUGCCUCCCCGCCGCAUGGUGAGACAUCGCAACUUCCUCAGCAAACCGUGCGGGAUGGACAUGAGCUGGCCAGAGAAUCUAUGAAUCAGCAGCAAAAUAACGCCGCGUUUGGGCGAUCCUCGCAAAUUGGGGGUGUUGGAGGAACCACGACGAGGCAGGUUAAUUCUUUGCAGGCUGAUGCUUCUGCUGCGAAGGGUGCUGGUAAUUCGACAGUUAAAAGGCCUUGGGAUUAUUUUGGUCCGCGACCAGAGGGCGCGGGCGUGGUGUGGCGCAAGAUUCAGCCAAGCAUACCCGAGGACACGACGACGGGAGUUGGUGGACUUGGUAAUGUUGACAAUCGCCAUCUGUGGAAGAAAACAUUACUGAAGGGCAGUAGCGCGAAAGAAAAUACCGCUAAUGCAAAUAGCAAAAAGACGGCCGUUGCUGCCCCAGACCCCUCCAUUAUGUCUCCGGGAGCUCUUGCAGCUCUUUCACUUCAAAAACAACAGGAAAAUGACCACCAAGCUCGGGAUGCUGUUGGUUCACCUGUCCCUACGGUAUGUAACGCAGAUGAUACGCCCAUUUAA